AUGCCGGAUCCGCCCCAGCCACAAAAAGAUGGUACUCCCAGGACGUAUAACAUUAGCGUUGUGGGGCCUCCAAAAUCCGGGAAAUCCUGUCUGUGCAACCGCUUCGCUUUGCCGCACCCAGAUUUUUAUCGCGAAGACCACAGCUCAGUUCUCAGUGCUGCUGACUUCGGAGGGGAGGUCGUUAACUUCGAACACUGGCUAUACUGGGGCUGCGUUACAAGACGAAUCGAUGGCUGCACGGUGAACUUUAGGAUUAUCGAGCAAACAGAAUUCCUAAAUGAUUGUACCUUUAAGCCGUUCAUUCCCAAGAUGCGCCUUGCGGAUUCCCCACAGGACUACAUGCGCCGAAGUUCUGCUACUCGACUGUCUUCGGAACGGAAGUUACGGUAUAUUUGCAAGGACCAGCUGGGUCAAGAGAACACUUACGAGAUGGAAUAUUUCCCAUCUGGAAUAGUGGAAAUUAAUGGAUUUAUUCUUGUGUGUGACAUCAGUCUGCAGCAUUUUAAGGUGGCCAGCCGAUCUGCUCGAGUCGAACGGAAACUUGUUCAGCUCAAAGCAAACAUACAAAGCUUUCUAACGACCCUGAUUAAGUUGAGGAAGCCCAUAGUCAUAGCAAUUACCAAGUUUGACAUCUGCUGCUCUGUAUGGUUUGAGGAGCUCUCUACUUUCCUUAAGAAAUCCAGUGAAUUCAAAAGGAUCCCUUUGAUUGAAACUUCAGCACACCAAAACAUCAAUAUUGAACAAGUUUUCUUGACCCUUUUAAAGCUAAUUGAAAAGCAACGAUUGUUCAAGGUAAACUCUCUGUGCUACUCAGAGGCCAUUCAUUUGCAAGAGAGUGAACGCGAGUCUGCUUUGGUUGCUUUCACUAAGUUGCUUUCGCAUGCACCCUCGGAAUUUUUAGAAAGUUGGAGUUGUUUCAUGAAGAGAUAUAGUCAACAGGUGGACGUGGUAACCUUCACUAGCAUGGUAGGCACAGAAGUGGCCCAGCGGGAGUUCGAAAAAUUUGUACGAUGUCAGGAAUCGAACAACCGCCAAAGCACUAUCAACCGAAUCAUCAGCACCCUCGCGAUCUUCCUACCAAGCCUUGAUCCUAUCCGCAAUAAGUCGCUUCAGGAGGUCGCACAGUACAUUAGGAGUCAGGAACAUUUCUCACUGUACUUUCGUGAUUUCUCCGCCGAUUGUGACUCCGCUGACAGACGGAAUGCGACUGAGUUUGGCUCAUCGAGGCAUCGGGACACUCGGAUUCCGUUCAGUCUUUUAAUAGAUACAGACUCGGAAGGUCUUGCGACUGCUCCGCUCCAAUUUUACCUAGACAGGCUGACUAUGGCUGAGCAUUGCUCUCUCGAGAAGGCCAGAUUGGAGGCGACCUUAUAUGCUAACUCCUCUGGUUACUCUAGUUACAGAGGCCGUGCGGAUUCUGAGAACGGCAAAGUCGCGAUACUCCCAGGCCAACCACUGUCUGAAAUUGAUCAUAUUAUGGACAUGGUGGACCUCACUGUUCUGACCGAUGACGCGGUGACAGAAGUUUACAAACAUUUCCAGUGUGGGCUGCGUGUUCGUGCUCGGGACGAUUUUCUGGACCUGCUGCUGGAACGUACUGAUUUAUUUGUCCAUUCACUAACUAGUUACAUUCACACACUAGUGUAUCCAUCCAAUAGAGACAGUAACUUCCGAGGAUCUUGUCGGCUGUCUUUUUGUCAACCGAAUUGGGAUCCUUUCUUUGACGACUCCCUGGACGUAUGCGAUUCCUCCACAGUGCCGUCAAUUACAUCAACCAGCGGCAUUUCCACAGCACAUGGCAGUUCCAACACAAUGGGUAAUCAUGCGUUAUUGUUUACAGUCCCUCCUCGAGGAGUCAAAGAAGCACACUUGAGUUGGAUUGAUGACCAGUUGUGUGAUGACUGGCGCCAUCAGAUGAUGGCGUAUCUUCCUUCGGAACGACAAACUCUCCUCGCGUCGCAUUUCAAAAUGCUGCUUCCGUGUGUCCUCCUUAACAACCCGGACGCUCACAUCCCUCGCGGCAAUGUGACUAACUGUAGAAGUGUUCCAGCGAUUUCUCCUGUUACCACACCACCUGGCCAAGAGGUUCGCUCUUCUCUUCCCUUCACUUCCGAGGCCAGAUUUGUUGCACCGCAGAACUCCUCCGUUUGUCAGUUGUUAGCGCAUGAUUGUUCUUCCCACUAUUGUCCUUCACUCUCUUGGGGUGGUUGCAUGGACAAUUUGUUCAAGCGCUUGGCCUACACUUCUCUCCCGAUCAGUCCUCAUUGCUUAGACCCAAGCUUGAACACUAUCGACAAACCGGCUAAGUGCUAUUCAUCCACAGGCGUCAUUGGUUCACCAAACUGCUGCGACCUUUCAAACCAAACCUCACUCCACCAGACUGAUGCUUGGAGGGUAAAUCAGCUGUUUAUUGCGGUCGCUUGCGUCUGCACCGACUGCACAGCCGCUGAGGCUGUGAUGCAUUUGCUCUCAUGCGCCGGCUUCUCGAUGACUUCGCUCCUGUCUCUCAGACAACAUGCACCCACAUCGGUCUCGUCUGACCACAUUUCCGAUGAUGCUGCCAAUGCGGUCGAAUUUUCCACCCAUCCCUUCAUCUUGUCUGCACUCUGGCCGCUGCCAAUCAGCAAGCUUCCUCCCGGUGACUUCAGUUCGCCUCAGUUGGUGACGGGGAGGAAGGAUGCACAUAGUCCCGGUAUUCACAUUGGCCAGGUGCACGUUACUCUCAUGUCUUUGCCCAAAGUCAUCAGCAAUCUGUUGUCAUCUUGUUUGCUUCACGACUCUGUGUCUACGCAUCAAAUGGGUCCAUUUCUGCCAACAACAAAUCCAAGCGUUUCAGAUUGGUGCUUGAGUAGACGUGUGUAUCAUGGUUAUAUUUUUGUCCUCGGCUCGCAGGGCGAUGCGAGUCUGCAUGGCUUUUCGGAAAGAGGUUCUGACGGCUCCCAGUGCAAGAUCAUUUCAACGGACCCAGCUACAAUGGAAGGCUCGACUCUCCCCGUUCCUGUCUCCCGCACGGUCUCAACCGGAGCGGAUGAUGGUGAUGAUAGUAUGCUAACUCCCCGUCCAUCGUCGGACUCGUCCUUCCUCUUUACAAACGACGCAAGAGAUAGAGAAAUUAACAAUACACAUGAACACAAACCUUCCAUACAACUUCCCUCCGUCGGCUUGUGCAACUGUUGUGCUUUGUUCGGAAUGGACCACGGUCACUCUACCGUCUCAACGGACUGUGUUUGCGAGACAUGUUGUUCCUGUCCACAGUCUAUCACGGGAUUGGUCCACAAGCAUCCACAGCAGCAGCACUUCGGUGAAGUACUCCCUAGUGAUUCAAAUUCGACCGAAUCGGCUUCACAUUCGUCUGCUUAUAGACCUCUUUCGUGGGACUCCCGCCUCGCUGCCAUUCGUAGUGUUCUGGAUAUUUUACCCAAAGAGGUACCGCAUAUGCUCCUUUUGGCGGACCACAUGAGCCAUCCGAAGGAUAUUAGUAAAAACACUGCUCCUGUAAUCUAUCCCGCAUCGUCCACACUGUACAGUUCGCAUUUGACCAGCUGUUCGUUUUUUAGUAACGACGCAACAUCCCCUGACCUCCACUGUUGUCCUGACCCCGCGUCUUCUGCUUCUAGGUUGAGGAGGGACGGCACGUCUAAUGACUCUCUUCCACCCCCAAAUAUACUCGAUCACCUAAUCAACUUCCUCAGUCGCUGUUGGGACACUGCGGGAACAUCAGCCACAGAAUCGUUGCAUCCACCUCCAUCAAAUCCACUGUGCAGUUGUUCCAUGGUCUCAUUUCCAUCGACCAGCAAACCCGCCUCCUCAGAGGACAGCUUUGCACCACCCAGCAGUAACAGUAGUAGCGGUCCGGCGGCGUCCUCCAUCCGGGUGAACAAUAUCAGCGCCACAACCACACAUGGUUUGUCCUCAAACAGUAGUCUGUUCCUUACCGCCUCGGCUACAGGACGUCGUGCUAUGCAGAAAACUAACAGGGCGUUAAAAAAGCUGUCUGUGAGCACACGACGGCUGAACCCCGUUGCCAACCCCGAUUCCACUUCACAUCGCUCGCAAUCGAAGGUGUUCACUAAAUGCACCAAUUCCUCCAAACGGAAAUCAGCUACUUGUGUUGAAAUACCACACCCAAACGCAAUCCUAUCCUCCAAAACGCAUACGGAGAAUUUGACACUCGAUGCCGUUCAACAGUCCGUCGUCGCACCGAGCUCCUCGUCUGUGGUCGAUCGUAAGGCCGCUAAUUCUCAUUGGCGAUCUGAAUGGCCCACUGUGCACGCCUCAUUGAGUAUGCUAUUCCCCAGCCGCGCUAGCGUCGAGCAGGGUUCCGGUACUCCGACUGCCUCCCGUGACUGUGCCGCCAAGGAGGAGUCGACUAAUGUGAUACGAUUCCGAAAUAAUCCAUUUCGGAAGACUGUUCCUCCGCAGACUUCCGCAGACCAUGGCCGCAGUAUUUGCCAGCCGCUUCCUUCGCCGCCUAGUGAUACCACACGCUCACGAUGUAGUGUCCCAGAUUGUGAAGCCUUGUUCCCACGAACCCAAUUUCCUCGCCUGACAAACACCGAUCGUACCUUCUCGUCACACACAUUGACCCCAAGUCAAUCAUUCCGGCCCAGUUGCCCACUGCAUACUCCUGCUUGUACCGACAGCGCAGGCACUUGCAGUACACGUCCGUCUUCUUUGCUGAACAACUCCGACGCAACAAUACCGUGUCCCUUUAAGCGAGGUAGCGUGUUGGGUGGCUCCUCGGCGCAGCAACUGAGACCACCCCCAGAACGCUUUGCGGUUAAAAAUAUGGCGACUGCCGGUGGUAUCCACGAGCACGCUCCAUACGCUAACUUCACUGCCAAACCAAUGACCCUAUCCACUGGGACAGACAGAUCACAACCCUGUCGCUUUAAUGGAGCGGGUAUGGUGUUACGUCACGAUUUAUCCUCUCCGGCUGACCUUACUUCUGGCGUAGCCGGUUUCCCUCUCGGUGCUGAUGAGGUCGAAUCUGUGUAUGAGGAUUUAGAUUUCGCUUCUCCCGAUGGCUCUUCACCCACACCGUGCCUUAUCCGGGACAACCACCCAGAUGUGUUCGAUGGACAGGACACCAACUUUUGCGCAACUCAGCAUAUUUAUUGCGAUCCCAUCGACUGCCUCGGGCCUGCUUUCCUAGAGCGCCAUCGAUGUCUUACGACAAAGUUUCCCCCCGGAUGUUUGUACAGCUCCCCCGUCGACACUCGGCCCUCUCCCAAUCAAUGCUCCAAUCACUCUUCCUCCGGAAACUCAGCAGUGUAUCCAGACAUCCGUUCCGCCGCAACAGAGACCAUGCCUCAGCGACGCGAACGGCAGCGGUCCUUCAGCACACCGGAGAAUUAUCCCACUACCGCGGAAAACACCAUCCGACCCGGAUCGUCACCCAAUGCUCCCAGUGGUCAUCCAACAUCGGCUUUCUUUGCAAAGGAACACUGUCUUGCCAAAUGCCAGCCAAUCGGUUGUGGAGGAUCUGUCAGACCCACUGGCAUCAGCAGCCGUAGCAGUAGCAGUGGGGUCCCUGCGACCCCAGUCUGUUGUUCUCCUCCGGUGUGUCAUUCCCCACCAUUGGAGGGGGGCCGUGACACUCCUAUUUCCUCCGGUGCCUCUGUGAACUAUACAGGAUCAGGAUUGAUCAGUGAGGGGAAUUUGUCGGAACGCGUUUUGUCCACGGACGCCGCUCUUUCCUUUUCUCGACGGUGUUCCCCAUUACUACAGCCUUUGUCUUGCACACACCACCACCAUUUGUGGCAUCACUCUGAUUGUCCACACCAUCGCUUGCACGGAAUCCAGCUGGAUUUUCGUCCGGCUACCUCUGCCUCGUCUCUUGCGCCGGUUAGCUCGAAAAAGUGUGUAGUUGUGGCAAAAAUGAUGAACCAACCCGUCGUCUGGAGCACCGUCGCUAUCCCCCCUUUCACUCACCAUGAUCCUGUGCUUUCUACGACACCCACAAUCACAUCUACCGCAGUUCCACGUCAUGUCUCGCGCCGUACACCAACUUGA